AUGCCCUCUAAGCAAGAUUUUGUCCACACAGCUGGUUUCCAGGUAGAAGCAAUGGCAGCGAUUGUGGAUCCAGCCUUGGGCGUGAGGGGGCUCUUCGAUUUGCUGCUGAAGCCAUUGAGAGUGCUUAAGAGAAUCUUUGAUGUGGAGGAGGGUGCUUCCUUCUUGCAUGGAAGGGCAGUUGUGCUGAUUAAGACAUUGGAGAAAAUCAAGCACGACAUAAGACUCGAAGGAGAUGGAUGGCGGAGUGUGAUGCCCAUGGACCAAUUGCAGGGAUUGGAGGAGUCUCUGAAAGAAUUUGCCAAGAAACUGGAGAAGGCUGAACACCUUGUGAAGAGAAUCCAAGAGUACAAAGGGAAGGUUAGAAUGUGGAUUUACGCAAAAGGCUUGAAGACCAGCUUGGAAGAUUCGAACCAGGAGCUGGAUAGGGUCGACCAAGGUUUGACACAACUACGUGCUUUUCUUGGAGAAGCUGAAGCUUCCAAGAAUCAGCAACAGGCCAACCUCCUGAGGCGGAUCAGUUGGGAAGGACGGCCAGUGGCGCCGGUGGACAUUUCACAGGAUGGACUCAGCGAAGACUUGGCUCAGUUGUCGCUGGCAGACGAGGAAUGCAUACGUUACAACAAAAAGAAACUGGAGUUCCUUCAAGAGCAAAUGGCGCCCCUGCAACAGUUGGAGAACUGCAUUCCUCCGGGACCAGAUUGUAUUUCGCCUGAGGCUUGGACAGAGUCGAUGAAGCACUUGAAAGACACCCUCAAGUCGGCACAAAAAUUCAUCAGCCGCCACAAGCGCCGGUUCAAUCUGCAGACGUUCUACACCACACACUAUGCCAGGAAGAAGAUUGAGCACAUCUGCGAGAUCUUGAAAUCGAUCGCCGAUGAAUUCAAGCCGUUCAUGGAUGUGUUGAAGGAUGUGGAGAUUUUGGAGAAGAUACCCUUUGCAGCCGUGGUUGAUGACAGGGAGGAUUUGGCCAAGAAGCUGAGCUUCGUUCUGAAGGGCGAUUAUUGUGACCUCCCGCCUGCACUGAAGGCAGAGUGGGAAGUCGCCAAGAGGGAGCACGAAGAAAGGGUGAAGAAGCUGAAAAUCAUCAACGAGGCUGAAAUCCACUGGCACGGGCUGAUAGCUGGAGACAGCUCUGAAGGCACUUAUAAAGUGGAAUACUAUGGGUCCAAAGCGACAGCCAAAAGGAUGAUCCAGGAUGGGACGGUCCUGGAGCUUGAGGACUUUGCAAAGUUCUUCACAGAGGCUGCAAUCAUUGAAUCUAUGAGCAUCCAGUGGGUCGCCCGCCUCAUUGGAAUCAGCCUGCAGGGCCUCAUGGUCGUGGAGGGCGGCGAAAAGGACCUGAUGCAAUGGUACAGGGACCUCCAGUCCGUCGACUGGAAGACGAAAGUGAGGGUGAUGUGGGAGGCCGCCCAGGGCCUGAAGUAUGUGCACGACCAAGAGGUGAUCCACCGCUCAGUCAGCAGCCACAGCUACCAUGUCUUUCAGGGCGACACCAUCAAGCUAACCAACUUCAGCUCUGCAACAGAGAUCACAGAAGUCAAGACCCUCUCCCACAGGAGGCAGGCCGCCCUGCCUCGCUGGAUUGCACCCGAGAUAUAUGAUGGCGAGCCCCAUAGCCCUUUGUCCGACGUAUUCAGCUUCGGCGUGGUCAUGCAUGAGGUCGCCGCCCUGUCCCAGCCUUAUGGCUUGAAUCCAACAGCGGUGCAGCUGCUGCAGAUGAAGCAGAGCGGCAGCUCACCGUGCAUUGUUCCUGGAGAUUGCCCUCAGGCAUUGAGGGACCUGAUGGCCCAGUGCUGUUCAACUAAACCAGGCGCAAGGCCCACCAUGGCAGAAGUGGCGAAUUGUUUGUCGGAUGUGAAGACAAUGCUGGCUGAGGGCCCAUGA